AAUGUUUCAGGUUGUGAUCGCUCUUGCCAAAGAGAAUGCAUCGAGGUGCACAAUAAAUACCGUGCAAACCAUGGCUCUCCACCGCUGGUGUUUGAUCAAAAACUGGCGGACGAGGCUCAAGCACUGAUUGAUAAAGGAGUUUUCAAGCAUUCUGAUUGGGUGGAAUUGAAAAAUAAAGGCGCAGCUUUCGCCUGGGGUUCCCUUUUUCCAACGUUCACAGCGGUAAUAAAAAAUUGGCACGACGAAGGAUUAUAUUAUGAUUACCAGACGGGAAACCCAAAGAAGCCUACUCAGGUAUGAGAUUCGCUUCUUUGGCUGUUUUUGAGUUGCAGAAAAGCUAUUGUUAAAAGUUUGACACAACUUCAAGAUUUUCACUUUGAUAUGAUUGUCGGCGUCUUUUAUGUUUGGUGAUUUGGUGCACGGUACUUCAAUCAAGGUGAUGUUAUAUUUGACGAUUCGCAAAGACAACUUUUAGCUCAACACAGCGUUACUACAUUUUUGUGACAUUGUUUCAAAUAGCAGCACAUUAUUCCAACAUUGCAACGCUGUGUUGCGCUAAAAAUUGUCAUUGCAAAUCUUCUCGAGUAACAUCACCUUUAUACCCACAAAAAAAUUGACACUUGAUAAGGAUAAGCGAGGUGGACCGCGAUACAUUUUUCCAGGGAUCAGUUUGGCAAGCGACUGCUCAAUCUUGCUAAUAGAGCAGGUGAGAACUUAAUACCAUUUCCCUCACUGCGCAACCGACCGCCGUAUUUUUGUAUUUUUAGAUAGUGGAUCACUUUGCCCAGGUGGUUUGGAAGGGAGCUCAUAAAGUCGGAUGUGCGCGAGGUGGAUUUUAUGGUGAGCCGUGGUAUGUAGCUCAUUACGACAAGGCACCUGUUAUAGGCAAGCCUAUCACUACAGUCAACAUUGAAACACCGAAACAGGUAUGGAUGUCAAACUUAACUUGUAACCUAACUGAGAGUAUCUUCAUUUGAACACAAGGAGCGGACUUCCAACUUUUACGAAAAAGGAGGGGCUCAGACGAGAUUUGAUCAACCGAGCCGGCCUAUAAUCAGCCAAGCUCAUAUGAGUGGGAAACUGAUUCGGUUUUAUCAAAGGAGGUGAUGAAGUCAAUUAAAAGCAUAAAAUAGAAUUAAUUGUAAGUGGGUUGCUGAAUCAAUAAGUCAUGAGUCAACUAAAAAAUAAUAACUCUCAAUUAUCUUGACAGAACUUAUUCUAUUCACCGGCUUUCUGAAGUCCUGGGAAACUCUCGUUUUCGCUGUAGGGCGGAAAGCCAAAUUCGUUUCUCUGUGCAAAUCCCAGUUGAAUGUAUUCGAUGCCAGCGAUUCCCAAAGCUAAGGAGCCACGUAUCUCUUUGAAAAAAAGUUUCGUAAGGUAGAAAUUGAAACAUCACAACAGUACUUCUUUUUACCAUUUGUUCAUUUUAACAGGACGACAGCACAUGGUUUAGAGAUUCUUCCCCAUUCUCCGAGGACUUGGAAAACGCGCAGCCAAUAUAGAAAACGACCUGCCCCAUCAAUAUAUGGGAAAGCAGCUACGCGAGUAAUUCUUUUAAAGUAAUCUAAGCCAUGUCUUUAAAAAGACUGUGUAUUCAAAAAUUUCGGCGUAUAUGUUGUAGCAAACUUUUCUGUUGCGUGAAUUUUCCUUUCACUUAGAUUAAGACAGAUUAUGGAGCUGAAACUAAAGCAAAGUAAGAUAACAAUUUAACUGCGG